AGAAAGUAAAAAAAUGUUUCUAGUCCAAAUGAACCGUGAGUCUGUGCAGGAGAGAAGCCGAAGCUCCUGAAUGACCCUGAACCAGGCUCCGACCCCCAGGUAUCACAGAUGAAGCUUCUUCAGCCUCUGCUUCACUCCGGCACUUUGUGCUAACGUGGCUGAAUCCUGAUUCACAAUCUCAAGCUGUCGUUUAAACAACAUGGAGUCGUACAGCGGACUGAGCGGCAAAUGAGCAGCCAGGAGGGUGUCAGUGAUGGAGGCCCUGCUGCCAAAAAGUGGAGGAUAUGGUGCAACCGAUGGUCAAGAGAAGGAUUCUCCUGUAUAGGAUGGUCAGAGACAAACCAGAUAAACCAGUUGAACAGAGCCAAAAUGAGAAGUGUGCAGCGGAGACACAGAGUCAACUCCCCGAGGAACCUGUCAGCCCCGAACAGAACCCAGAGCUCGUGGGACCAGGCCGCCAAGAGCUGAAGGAGAGGCAGCUUGAGUCACUGCACUGGGACAACGAAGAGGAAGACCAUGAACCCUGGAUCCAGCUGGUCACCGGAGCCGACGCCGACUGCUUGCCCACACACCUGCGUCCGUUCUGCAGCCAUGCAGAGUACGUACUGGUGAAGGGCACGUACCAGCAGCUCAGACACAGUGGUUACUACUGGGGGCCGAUGACCAUGGAGGAGGCGCACACAAUACUGACCCACUCGUUACUGGGCACCUUCCUCAUCAGGGACAGCGGCCAGCCGGAUGUUUUCUUCACCCUGAGUUACCAGAGCGAGGACGGCCCGACGAGCGUCCGCGUGCAGGUGAACGACCUCCUCUUCAGUCUGCAAGGCAGCCAGAAGAAGUACCCGUCCCUGUUCGCUCUGCUCACCUACUACACCAGCUCCUCCUGCAAGCUGACGGUGCCCUACCGGCGCCAGCGUCCGGAGAGCCUGAGGCAGACGUGCCGGAGGGCGUUUGUUCGUACGUACGGAGCGGAGAACAUAGGCAGCUUACCCGGACUCAGCCGUCAAGCCAGAAACUAUCUGCACGCGUACCCGCACUGUACAUAGACGCACGUGUGUGCACCCAGGGCCUGUUGCUGCAUCGAGGUUGUUGUUUGUGUUUUGUACGUUAUAAAAAUAAACAUUGUGUGUUUGUGUUUUGGCACGGCAAGAAAAGUCGAGGUUUGAACGACAGUUUGGCCGAUUGUAUUUUUCUCUGUGUGCACACAUGCGAGUUUGGUUCCUUGGUGAUUCUCAAAGGUAGGUGAAAGGGAUCUAGUGGCAGAAAUUGAAUAUAAAAUAAUCCCGUUGAUGUUUUCACGAGUGCGUUUUAUCCAAAUUGUACGAAUUGUUAUCUUUACUCUAGAAUGGGCUUUUUGUAUUUAAAUGCUUAUAUUUACAUCGAGAGCGGGUCCUCUUAACGGUGGCCGCCACGCUUUUAUUUACAGUUGCCCCGGACUGAGUUUUUAUGGAGAACUGAAGGCUACCUGGAGGGGGGGGGGGGUGAGGUGAUGGGUAUUCAAUUGCAACAUACAACUUCACCACUAGAUGUCCUUAAAUACUACACACUGAACCUUUAACUGACUUGUAUCUAUAACAAUGCCGUAGACGUUUUAAGGGUGAAUUGGCCUCAGCCCCCAAGAGCCUCAAAGAUGUAGAUGAUGUAUAUAUUUGUGUUAUUUAACCUUUCUUUGUUAUUAUAAAUAUCAUCAAGGCAGUUUGUUGCAUCUGCAGCUUGUUCAAGGGUUCUUUGCACACAUUAUCAAAAUGGCACAAGAGUUUAAAGAUCAUUCUGUCAGAAAUAACUUUUUCAUCGUGUACGUAUAUGGGGAAGAAUUGUAGCGAAUGCCUCCGUGACACAUUCAGAGUGAUAUAAAUAAUCCAAAUACACAUCAAAUAGUGUUUUUCUUUCUGAGAUGGUUUGUAUAAUUUAACAUAGUGUUCAUGUGUGCGAUCAUUCUAGUUUUAGGGAGUUAUUUGAUGUUAUAAUAAUAGGAUGACUCCCGAUUGGUCGAGCUUGUGUGUCUUGAUUCCGCGACUCAACCACGAUCACGAUCUGGCUGCAAAGGACUUAAAAAGAAAAAGAUGGCAAAACCCAUGUGUGAGAUUUUUGCUUCACUUUUGUACAAACUGAAAGAAAUAACCACUUUGCCUGAAUACCUGUUAUUGUGAUGAGUAAAACUUGACUUGAAUUCCAAA